AACAAGAUGGUCCACAGAAUUCUGACCUGGCUUUUGCUGCUCCUAGCUUCGCUAUCCACUAUCGUUCUGGUGGCGAGCCACACCAAGAAUAUUUACAGUCCAGAUGGAAAUCACUUGGAUUUUAGCAGAAGUUUCCAAAGUCCUGAUGGAAGUAGUAAUAGCAGUCUUACUCCUUUAAGUCGGUCGAAGCGAUUGGCCAUCUACAAUGGCCAAGGCAUUGUCAAGUUGGUUCCCAGCUUGGCGUAUCCGGUGAAACAGACUGACAAGGAGCAGUCCUUCUGGUGGUUCUUCAACUUGCAGGGCCAGUGGAUACCCACCACCAUUCCCAUCUACUGGUGGAGCUUCUGGAACACCUCUACUUUUGUGUCCACCGCUCGGGAAUGGCGCAAGGACAUGCAGAUGAAGCUGACACACGACGAGGCCCGUACCUGGGUCUACAAUGCCAUCGAAGUGGGCAUGGAACUAUUGGAUGGCGCUUACGGUGGAGUCUGCCUGCUGAGGAGCAUCUGCGAAAUCUCCCAGAAACCCUUCCAGAACAGCAACAUCUUCAGCGAGAUCGUAAACGCAGUGCUAGUACCGAGCGUGGACAAUGUGGCCGGCAAGUAUUUGCACGCCCGAGAUGCCGGACGUGCUGGAGCGGACUGCGAGCGGACCUACAGCGACUGCAGUCCGCUGCUCUGGACCCUCAUCACGAACAUGGCCAGGAAUCCGUUUUGA